GUUGUCGCGCCAUCUACCAACAAGCCAAAUCAACAACGGACAUUUCUACCAUUUUGACAGUUGUCUCAUAAAGGGAUUAUCCGACAACGUGUAUAAACAUGCCGCGACAAAUCACCGAAAUCAAAGAUUUCUUGUUAAAAGCGAGGAGGAAGGAUGCUAAAUCUGUUAAAAUAAAGAAGAACCCGGAUAACACCAAAUUUAAAGUGCGAUGCUCAAGGUUUUUGUACACUUUGGUUAUUGUGGAGAAGGAGAAGGCGGAAAAGCUCAAGCAAUCCUUACCACCGGGUUUACAAGUGAAAGAAGUUAAAUAAAAUGUAUUUUAAUUUGGUUAACUUGUAACAAAAAAGAAAAAAUAAGAAUUAAAUGCG